AUGGCUGACGACUGGAAUAUUCAUGGGAAGACGGUUGUAGUCACUGGGGCGACAUCUGGCAUCGGGAGGGAGACUGCCCUCGCCCUCGCUGGUAUGGGUGCCACCGUGGUCCUGGCUGUCCGCAACCAGGAAGCUGGGCAGGAGACAGCAGCCAUGAUCAGGCAAAAUUCCCUUUCAAUGACUUCUGAUGACUGGAUUUCAUCUCUAGCGGUGGGUCCCAAGCUGGAGCUGGCACAGCCCAGCAGCAUCCGCAGCUUUGCCACGCAGUACCAGAAGCAGAACCGGCCCCUGCAUGUCCUCGUGAACAACGCAGGCGCCAACUACCUGUCAGAAGGCCUCUCUGAGGAUGGAGUCCCCCUUCUGACCCAGGUCAACUAUCUGGGCCCCUACAUGCUGACAAGGCUGCUUGAGGGCAGCCUGGUGGCGUCAGCGCCCUCGCGAGUCAUCAAUGUGUCAUCAGUGACCCACCGCUAUGGCCUCAUUGAGAACCCUGCCAACUUCCUCUCCAGAAUGAGAAUUAUAGGUGCUUUGCAGGCCACCAAGCUGGGCAAUGUCCUCUUCACGUAUGAGCUGCAGAGGCGCCUGGGUCACUUGGGAGUCCAGGCAUGUGCAGUGGAUCCCGGCGCAGUGUCGACAAACAUCUACAAGGACUCGAGCCUGUUCACCCGGCAGCCGCUGAAGUGGCUCAUACAGAAUCUGUACGCGCCGCCGAGCGACGGCGCAGCCGCCGUGGUGCAUGCAGCCUCAGCUCCGUGGCAAAGACAGCCCAAAAAGCCAGAGAAUUUAGCUUGUUUGCAGUUCUUUGCAAGGGGAGUCUUUGCCUGGCCCGCAAUCACAGCAUUUAAGGGCCAGCAACAAGGGGUGAUUGGGAACCUGAGAAUGCAAGGGUGGGCACUUCGUGCGCUGAGCCUCAGUGCUCUUGAUUGGCCGCUCAGGAGACUGACACAAGGAAGAGGCCUAUCACAGACUAGAGCUGUGCCCUCUGCGCCAGCCAGUUAUGAUCAGCACUUGGCUGCAGCUCUCUGGGACUUGUCUGCCGACAAGGGCAAGCUGCCAAGAGAUAUUAGCGUGGGAGGAAGACAGAUAUGA